AUGCUGGCAAAGACGGUCUUUGCGGUGGGGCUGGUCAAGCGCACUGCGCUGCCCCUGAUCUGGCGAGACUGGUGCAGACUCGUGCUCCCCAACGGCUCCAUCACCGGGCUGGACAUAGGCCUGUCUAACAAGAGCCUGGCACACAUUACGAUGUCAUUCUACACAAUGUGCAAGUCCACCACGCCCAUAUUCCUGCUGGCCUUUGCCUUCAUCUGGGGCCUGGAGCAGCCGACCUGGAGCCUGGCGGGCGUGGUGCUGGUGAUUGUGACGGGCCUGCUGCUGCUGGUCAAGGGGGAGACCAAGUUUGACGGGACCGGGUUUGCGCUCGUCAUGACGGCGUCCUGCAUGAGCGGCCUCAGGUUUACACUCACGCAGGUCCUGCUGCACGGCCGCAGCAGCCACGGACAAUCGCCGUUUGGCGGCCCGCUAGAAGUCCUGGAGGCACUGACCCCCGUCAUGUCGGCCACCACCCUGCUCCUGUCCCUGGCCUUCGAGGGCCUAUGGGACGCGCUGCCUGACAGCCCCUACUUUGACGGGCUGCAGGCGUGCCUCAGCACCGCGGGCCUGGUGUUUGCGGGGGCCGUCAUAGCGUUCCUCAUGGUCUGGGCCGAAUUCGAGGUCAUCCGCGACACGUCAGCGCUGACGUUCAUGGUGGCGGGCGUGGUGAAGGAGAUCAUCACCAUUGGCUGGGCCAUCCUCAUUUUCGGGGACAGCUUCGGGCUCAUCAACGGCGUCGGCCUCGCGGUUGCGAUCUGCGGGGUCGCCCUUUUCAACGUGUACAAGCUGCGGCGGUUGAGAGAGCUGGGGUCACAGGAGGUUGUGCUCGUGCGGCGCCCAGGCAGCAGCGACAGCGGCGGCGACCUGCAUGGGUAUGGGGCGGGGCCCGACGCCGCGGCCGCGGGCGGCGCGAAGGAGUCGGCGGUGCUGGUGUCGCGCGCCGGCAGCCUCGGCCGCGCCAGCGCGCUCGGCGGCGCCGCCGGCGGCGGCAGCAGCAGCGGCGUGGCCUGGCGGCGGGCGGAGACGCCGGGCGUGCAGGACCGGCGGCGGGGCAGCGGCAGCGCGAGCGGCGGCAGUGGCGGCAGCGGCGGCAGCGGGGCGAGCGCGGAUGAGGAGGAGGGGGCGCAGGAGCACGAGCCGCUGCUGCUGGGAGGCGGCGGCGGCGGCGGGCUGUCCAGCGGCGUCAGCGGGGCGCCCUCAGGGUGGAGGUGA